CAGCUGGUCUACUGCCGCUUCACCCCCACGUCAUUUCCGUUACACAACCUUCUCCGAGAAUUUUGUCCAAGAUGGCGACAGUGCAGUUAACGGAUGAUGAGCUUUUCUCCGAGUUAAAGCGCUUUGGUUUCACUCCAGGCCCGGUAACCGAAAACACUCGUCCGGUAUAUUUAAAAAAAUUGAAGAAGCUUCGCGAAGAACAUCAGCAGCGGGGCUCCAGAGCGGGUAAACCCCGCAGUAGUGGGGCAUUAUACUGCACCACUGGCGGCGGUAACACAGCGGGAUCCAGGCCAGCCAGCCAUGACGUCACGCACCUGAGCUCUAGCAGGAGACCGGGCCGGAAGUCCUCCGUCCUCGGCUUCAGCUCUGACGAGUCUGACGCUGAACCUCCAUUGAAAAGAAAGGGCCUUAAUCACAGCGGCAGGACAGACCGACGCUCUGCUUUUCAACAACAACUGAAGAUAAGUCACGUUACAACACCGAGUGUGGCCGUCAAGAGCCAAUGUGACGCUACGACUACACUGAAUAGCAACAAUUCUUCUCCGGAUCCGGACGGCCAGAGAAGUGUCUCGCUGGGUUGGGGAGUUCGAGCGAGAUCCAGCCCUGAGGCUGAAGGGAGGGAUUACGACGAGUCGGGGGACGAGAAUGAAUAUGAGGGAGUACCGGAGAAAAACUCUCGCUCUUUAAAUGGCUGUGGGGCGACUCACUUGAACACUAGCAAAUUAGCCGGGGAUUACUCGGACUCGGACGAGGAGGAGGUUGUGGGCCUUGUUACCGGAGACAGACAGCGCGAUAGGUUGGAGUCUAGACGGAGCCACCCGCGAGCGUCGUUCCCUUCCCACGGCGUCGGCAGAGGGUCUCAGACGGGAGGGGCAACCAGAGAAGUGAACCCGCCCGAGAGUCUAAACAUGGUGGGGAGCCGGAGGGAAGAUGUGGAGGAAGACGGAGCAAAGAAAAGGGAAUCCGACUCAUCGGGCGGCUCGCGGAGCCACAACUUUCUCAGGAAGUCCAUCAACGUGUCCCUCACCGAGAACCACGGAGAAGAGGUCGGCAAAAACAACCACGUCGACGGGGAUUACGGAGGCUCGAGAAGUAGCGGCACCAGUAGGUUCAGCAUCGGCUUGAGACCGCGCUUCUCCAACUACAGCAGCCUGUCCCAGACCUACAGGGGCAACCACUCCAACCACAGCGCCCCUAACCACUUAUACAGCCAGGCGAUGCUGAAGCAGAAGAUAUCUGUCCCGGAGGACGAGCUGCUCCAGCAAUUCAAAAGGGAAGAGGUGGUUUCUUCUGGGAGCUUCAGCGCGCACUACCUGUCCAUGUUUCUGCUCACGGCAGCCUGCCUCUUCUUUCUGCUGUUAGGCCUCAUGUACCUUAGGAUGAGGGGCUCCGGAUCCUCGGAGGUGGAUGGAGUCAUUAAGAUCCACCCUUUUGGCAGUGAAUUUGACUCUUCUUAUGAAAAGGCGGAGAGGGACCUGAUCCUAAAGCUGCUGCUCAAUCUACACAACCACCUGGCCCAUAUCGCUGGCCAGCAUGACUGUGGAGACCAACAUUAUCCUAACAGGAGUCUGUCCAUGGCUGAGGUGUCCACAUAUUUACGGGCUCAAAAUCAGGAGUUUGAUGGCUUCAUUGAAACUUCUCUGGAGUGGAUCAUGCGGGCAGGCCAGGAUGUUGGGAUAAGGCUGACUGGGCAGGUAGCUGAUGAUCCAGUGACUGAUGUGUCUGAGAUCUCUCAGCUGGAGUCCACACAUCCCAAGAUGACCUUCACAUGCCGCUUCCGACGGGCCUUCCUCACUGUCAUCAGCAAAGUCUUCCUCAUUGCAUUUGUGGUAGGUUGUGUAUGGAGUGUGGUCUGCUACAUGAAGUAUCAAUGGAGGAGACAGGAGGAGGAGACCAGGCAGAUGUAUGACAUGGUGGAGAGGAUUAUCGAUGUGUUGAGGAGCCACAAUGAGGCCUGUCAAGAGAACCAGGACCUACAGCCCUACCUGCCCAUUCCUCAUGUUAGAGACUCCCUGGUUCUGCCUCAGGACCGGAAGAAAAUGAAGAAGAUUUGGGAGAAGGCUGUAAGCUUUCUCUCUGCUGAUGAGUCCAGGAUUCGAACAGAGACUCAGAGGAUUGGUGGAGCGGACUUCCUUGUCUGGAGGUGGAUCCAGCCUACUCUAAGUUGUGACAAGACCUCCUUGAUGCCCUCCAAAGUCUGGCAGGGGAAAGCUUUUCCUCUAGACCGUAGGAAUUCACCUCCCAACAGUCUGACUCCAUGUCUGAAAAUCAGAAACAUGUUUGAUCCCAUCAUGGAGGUUGGGGAGAACUGGGAUCUAGCCAUCCAUGAAGCCAUCCUGGAGAAGUGCAAUGACAAUGAUGGCAUAGUCCACAUCGCAGUUGACAAGAAUUCACGAGAGGGCUGCGUCUAUGUGAAGUGUCUCUCUGCAGAUCACUCAGGGAAAGCCUUCAAGGCACUUCAUGGCUCCUGGUUUGAUGGUAAGCUGGUGACAGUGAAGUAUCUACGUUUGGACAGAUACCACCAGCGCUUCCCACAGGCCCAGGGCUGCAGCACACCCCUGAAGGCCUCCAGCCUCCACCUGAAUGCCACAAGCACCAUGAACACUACGCCCCGCCUGCAGCACCGUGGCUUAGCUAACUGUUCAGGCUUCUCAUGAGAUCAGCAUUAGCAUCAGCAUUAGAUUAGAAUUCUCCUUUGUGCUCUCCCAGCCUGACAGCACCAGUCUGCUGCUGCACAUCACUGCUUUAUAAAGGGGAAGACCUCAGUGUGUGUCACAGGAGAGCUUUUGUUUUUUCUUUUUUUGACACAGGAUCUUUGCAAGAGAAAGCUGUCAGCAGUGCAGUGUUUGUUUUCUGUAAUUUUUGUAUUAGUAAUGUUAUGGAUUUAUCAAGGAAGCAAUGCUCUUCUGGAAUAUUUAAGAUUUGUGCAGAGAUCUAACCCUCCCUCCUUCUCUUUCACAGUCUAACUGAUGCCAUGAUGGAGUUAAUUUAGGCAUUGUAUGGAAAUGGCUGCAUGUAUCAGAGUAUGUCUAUAUGUAAGCUUUCAAUACAACACAGUGUGGGUGUUAAUUUCCAGUGGAUAUUCAUUGUACUCAUUAUUAUUAUUAUUAUUAUUAUUAUUAUUUAGUCAAGUGAGGAAGGCAUGAACAGUAGAGGGUGUGCUGUAAAUACAUGUGAAAGGUGGCACAAGCUUUAUCACAUCCUCUGUAUUAAAAGAAAACCAUAAGCUCACAUUUUCCUGUUGCUCAUUUACCACAGCAGAGGACGUUGACUCAGCCACUGUGUUUGUUGUUUGCUCCAUGUAUUCCACAUCUGGCCUUUCUUUCCCUUUGUCCUUGAUUUUGUUUGAGCGUCCAGCAGUGCUCCCAAACUCAACUGUGGAGCGAUAUAACAGAAUCAAGGAGUGUCACCUGAAACUUUCUUCAGAUAUAACCCAAUAUAUUCCGAAGUUAUUAUUAUUAUUACUUAUCAUUUUUAUUAUUUACCUCUUUCAUUACAGGUCAUUUUCACUGUUGCCGUUCCCCCUGCAUUGAAUUGUAUUUCCAAACAUGUUCUAAACAAGGUGUGUGUGAGUGUGUGUUGUCAUCUCAAAUCAAGAUCAACAGACAGGCGGAGCACGCACACUUCAGGAUGUUUCAUGUUCAGUUUACAAUCUGUGCUCAUUUCUUUUUAGUGACAGCUUUCCUGUCCUGGUGGAGCGUGUCUUUGAUCAUAUCGGCCUCUUGUAAUGCUGCCACCACUCUUUUUGUCAUUUGGUGGUCUGUGGGGAUGUUGAUAGUUUCUAAUCCUCGAUUCCAAAUAUUCCCAACCCCCGUGAGGAGAAUGUAUUGGAUUUAGGGAUUUCUGUUUGCUUGUGUGUUUUUACAGCACGUGUGUAUUCAGAAACUGCUCAAAUUCCAGGAGUUGCCAGAAAUAAUUUAAUUUUUUAUGCAGUGAAUUGAAAGUUGGAUUCAGUAUUUGCAGUGUGAAAUUGUACAAAUGAUGCACAUUUCAAGUGUUCAAAACCUGCUACAGCAGACAACCCAACUGUGCCUUAAAAUUUGUGCUUUUUUAAGACUGGCACUGCAUUACUGGAGAAUGUCCUGGAUUUAGGAAAUGUUGGAACAGUUGAAAGGGUGAGUAAGGCCUGCCAUAGAUGUAGUUUUGGUAGAGUUUGACAUCUUCAAAUUUGGUGUUUUGUAGCGGUUUCCUUUGAUAUUAAACCAAAUUCUUGUCUCUAUUUAUUAUUUUUUUAAAUCAGCCAUGGUGUACUAUUUUAAUGUCACUUGACCUGUUAAAUGUGUCAUUGUCAACUGUUUUUUCAUCAAGCCAUCAAUUCACCAACCUUACAUCUGCUUCCAAACAAUUGUCAGGAUGUGUAAAACAAAAUAAAGUGAACACUUUCAGACCAGUA